CGCUCGAAUAAACAGCGGACGUUAACAUGACAGGCUUUAGGACCUUCACGCGGAUCUUCGCCGCACAUUGUUUCCGCCUCCGAUUCAGACGGUUUCCAGCUCUACCGAUUGUAAUACUGCAAGCUCUUGAACUACGAUUUUCAGCGGCUAUCGAGUCAGGAUGGCAGGAAGUCCAGCCUUGGUCAUGCGCCUGGUCGCCUCCGCCUUCACUGUGGCCGAGCGGGCAGGAAGCAUUGUGAGGAAAGUGAUGCACAGUGGCGACCUCGGCAUUGUGGAGAAGACAGGAUCCAAUGACUUGCAAACCCUGGCAGACCGCCUUGUUCAGAAGAGCAUCUGUGCCUCCCUGUCACGACGCUUCCCGAAAAUUACCAUCAUUGGAGAGGAGGACAUACCUUCUGAAGCUGUGGAAGAGGACCUGAUUGAGAGUGGGCAGGCUGGCGACAUCCUGGAGAAGGUUUGCCCAGCAGAGUAUAGCAACAUAAGGGAGGAGGAGCUCGUGGUGUGGGUCGAUCCUCUGGAUGGGACCAAAGAAUACACUGAAGUGGCGGUCAGCCUGAAUGGAGCAGCUCUGCGACACGGCACAGCUCUGUGCCUCCUGGAUCAUGUGACUGUACUGAUUGGCAUCGCAUACGGUGGGAAAGCAAUAGCCGGUGUGAUUAACCAGCCCUUCUUCAACUACCAGCUGGGUCCAGGGGGGAGCCUGGGGAGGACGUUGUGGGGCAUGCUGGGAUUGGGGGCCUUCGGGUUUGAGCUGAAAGAGGUACCAGGAGGACAACGCAUCAUCACCACCACUCGUUCCCACAGCAACAAACUGGUGACGGACUGCGUGCAGGCCAUGGAACCACAUGAGGUCAUCAGAGUGGGCGGGGCUGGAAAUAAGAUCAUCCAGCUGGUGGAGGGGAAGGCUUCCGCAUACGUCUUCGCCAGCCCGGGAUGUAAGAAGUGGGAUACAUGUGCCCCGGAGGCCAUUCUACACGCCGUGGGGGGAAAGUUGACGGACAUGCGCGGCAGGCCAUACCGUUACCAUGCCGACGUGAAGCACAUGAACUCGGCUGGAGUGCUGGCCACGCUCAGGGAUCACCAGUACUACAGCAGCAGGGUCCCAGAGUCGGUGCUGCAGGGCCUGCCGUCGGACUGAGGCAUUGUGGGUAAUAAUGAGGCUUGUUCGGGGCCUCAUUUUGACCCAGAGAGUGACUGUCCAGCUCAUACAUAUUUUUGUUACUCCACAUAGGAAUAACCAAUCACAGAAUAAAACAAAUGCAGAUUUCAUAAUUGCUGACAUAUUCGGCGUGUGAGGCAGCUUCACACAAAUUACCAGUUGUAUCGUAUUCCCACUUUAUUUUGUAAUGUAAGUGAUGACACUAGUAUCACAAGACAGAAUAGAAAGCACUACAGAAAAACACAGGGGUUUAUGCUUCUCCAAGCCUGUAGAUCACAGCACUCUUCCAUUUAUACAGAGGCAGCCUUAUUCAGAACUCCACAGCUCGAGGAAAUGGAAGAAAAGAACAUGAAAAGACAACGAACACGCAACAAAAAUCACUUUGUAAAAGGGACACCGAAGAGUGCCAUGCAAACAUAUGAAAUUCUUGUGUGUGCCAACAUGUAAGUGUAUGAUCAAAACUGAGAAAUAAAUCCAGAUGGGUCAGACUUCA